AUGGGGAUCAGAGUUCGGCCUGCCGAGACACUUAUCGGAUACCGAGCAAAGCAGAACAAUCCGUUACAGUAUUCAACGACGUCAGUAGCUCUAGGGAUGGCUACACCUUCAGCGCCGGAAAUGGUUUCGUGUCCAUCCCAUCCAGGAGAAGAAAUCAUUUUCGUGUGUUCCGGUUGUGGUGACGUGUUUGCGUGUAGUAAGUGUGUAACUAGUGUCCACCGCGGGCACGUUCUUAAUUGCGUCCAUGAAACAGCAAAAUCUUUAAGUGGGCCAAUCUCCGCGCUUGUUCGCACUCGAAUAACGGAUGCGGAGACAGUUGCUAGGAGAUUAGAAGACAUCAAAGUUGAUUACGAUCAGACGACAGACAAUUUGAAAAACUUAUUAGUAGAGGUGAAACUAAGGAGAACAAAGCUCAAAGCCGUGGUUGAUGAUAUUGCUGACAAUGCACUACUUGCUAUACAGGAUCUUAUACAGGAUAAUGAGGCUAUCAUAGCCGACUAUAAAUCAAAGCUACACGAACUUGGGAACCAGUUAUAUUCCAUAACAAGAGAUAGAACCGAAUCAGUUGUCAACGGUGGUAGUUCCACUGAAAUCAUCAGUCACUUCAGGGACUUGUCUAUCCCACCACUUUUCCCGAGGUGUCCUUCAUUUAGAAGGGGAAACUUCACAUCUGCUGAGCUUGUUGAGAAAGAUAUUGGACAAAUGUUUGGGAAAUUUGCAGUGAAUGAAAUUAAGAGAAAGGAAAGUUCACUAGACCCUCCACCCAGGCCACCAAGGACUACCCAACCAGAAACGAAUUCACAACUUCUGCCGGUGACUCCACCAGCAGAAUUAAUUUCUGCACGAGAAACUAUACCAGAACGACGCGUUUUAAGAAAUUCUUCAAAGAAGAACAAAUCUGAACAACAAGCGCCAAAGCCAAUAAAAUCUGAACGACGUAGUUCUCAAGCAGGCGAUGACUUUCAGCUGGACUUGAAAAAACUGGGACAUAUUCAAGAGGAGUCCUCGUUAGGGGUACGAGCAUUUUGGUACAACAAUAGAAAAUUUCUUAUCUCUUACAAAGCUGAUCGACGACUUGUUUUUGUAAACGAGACAGGAGAAAAAAACAGAAAGAUCAAAGUAAUGUCUAAUAUAAUGGAUGCUUGCAUUUCACCACUUACUGGGAACGCCUGGAUUUGCUGUGAAGACCAAACGAUAACUGAGAUUGGUUCGAAGACGAAUACGGUACGAUUCGCGACUGAAUCAUUACCCCUAUGUAUAUGUGCACAGAAGAAAGGUGCAUUUCUUAUUGGUGUCAAAAACGAGAUAAUGCAGUAUAACGUUGACGGGAAUAUACUGCACCGUACAAGCUGUCUCGAUGGAUUUGCCUCUGUAGUGUAUCCCUGGGUUAUUCGAGAGAACCAAAUCACUGGAGAGGUAGCAUUAAGUUACGGCUAUCAGAAGGAAAACUCUUCGAAGGUUACACUUUUUGACCGAGAUCUAAAGUUGAUAUUCCAGUUCCCUGGUCACAAACAUGCACAAGAUGAUUUUAUUCCGGAUCAUAUAUGUUUUACUCCAAAUGGUCAACUUCUGGUGCUGGACAUGGCAGCCAAUAAACUUGUAUUAGUUGGGCGACAGGGUGUGACUCUCAAAGAGACGGCUCUGCACCAGUUCUACCCGUCGGGGAUGACGAUUGGACCUCGCAAUCAGCUGUGUUUGGUCCAACAAACUCUCACAUCUCAAAUAAUGAGCAUGGAUCUUCUGCAGACCGGACAAAACGAGUAUACCUAUGCUCUGUUCUAA